GUUAGAAUUAUGUUAUAUUAAAUAAAUUAUUUUAGUUUUAAGAUGAUAUAAAUGAAGAAAAAUAUAUUUACUUAAUUUUUAUUUAAAUGAUAAUAAUAUUCUUUUAUUUUUUCAAAAUAAAGUUUCACCAAUGGUCUAAAUCGAAGCUUAUACUUUUAAACUUUUUCAAAAAUCAAUCUUACAUAGACAUCACUCAAUUUGCAGUUUUUCGAAACAGAAACCCACAACUAAAAAUCGGACCAAAUAUAAGCUUUAUUAUAUUGCUGACUCAAUCAUUGUAAUUAUCCCUCUGAUAAUUCCUUCAUGGUCGACCAUAUCUGUGAAAAAUAAAUAAAUAAAUUUUUGGCAGCUUCAUUUUCGAAGGAGCAAUUAAAAAAUUAAUCACGGUCGGCAGUUUCAUUUCCGAAGGACCAAUUAAAAAAUUAAUUACGGUUGUGGAUUGUGGUAUAUUAUAGUCCAAACUAAUUUAUCGGGACGAAAUAAAUUACCCCCACUCCUCCCGCACUUUCUUUCCAUUUUCAGAUUUUUGUGAAUUAUUAUUAUUUUCAUACAGCGAGUGACCGGAGGAAAGAAGAAAAAAAAAAAAUUGGAAAGUAGGAAGCGUCUCAGUUUAGUAGUCAGUCUCUUUCUUCUUCUCCUUCUCCUUCUCCCUCUCCCUUCCUUUCUUUCUAUCCCUUUCUCUCUCCCUCUCUGCACGUUAAAAGCGUUUCUAGAGAGAGAACCCGUGAGAGAGGUUGUUUCAGUUGGUUUUGGGAUAUUUGAUAUUUCUCUUUCUCGUACCCCGAAUUUCCAGACGGAAGAGACCCGCCGCCGAUCCGUAUUUGAUGAGCCGCGGCUGGUUCCUCGAUUUCUCCCGGUUAGAUUGAUUUCCUCCCGUAUUCUCUCUUUUGUUUCGGGGCUUUUUUCUUCGAUUGGAGCGGGAAGGAGUAGUUUGCAAAUGGAGUUCGUUGGGAAGCAUGUGAGGAAGGGCUCCUCCAAUGGUUCCGGUGUGUUCACCGGCAUCGUGAAAUCCCACGACUCCUCCUCCGGUUCAUUCGAGAUCGUCUACGAGGACGGCGAUUCCGAGGAGCUCGAUUUUCCGGAGGUGGCGGCGCUGGUGGGACCUGGUCAGUUGGUGGUUGACCAACGGUCUCGUGUUGGGCGCAAGCCGAAGAAGCGCCGCCGAGUUGUUGAUCGGGAACCGGGAGACUGUGCCGUCUCUAAUGGCGGGGAGAGCGCCGGCGGAACCUUGGUCUCUAUUGGAGGUAACGGUAAUUUAUUAGAUAUGAAUUGCAAUGUUGAUUUGCGGGAUGACGUGAAUGGUGCGGUUCUAGGAGGGAUUGAGCUGGGAAAUGGUAAUUCGGGUAGAGUUGAAGUUGACUUGAAUGAAACCCUAGGGAAGGAGUGUGAUGACGAGGAGAAUUCCCGGGACAUUGGGGGGUGUGAAAAUGGGAGGUUGCAUGCGAGUUCUGAUGUUAAACAGGAGCUUGAUCUGAAUGCUGCGUUCAGCUUGAAUUUAAAUGAGGAAGCUUUCGAUUUGAAUGAAGAUGACCAUGCGAACCCAUAUUUAGAGGGGAGCUUGAAGGGAGGUUGUAUUGACUUAAACGUAGAUGCCAAUGGGGAGAUGGAUGAGGACUCCAAGGAAACGAGUUUUGGUGGAGGUGAUGUGGUAGAAACCCUGAGAAGGGAGUGUCCGUUUGAUUUGAAUAUGGGUUUAGAUGAGGAAAUCAAGGAUGAUCGAGAUGGAUACUGUGUGGGCCAAUCCAAGGGAGAUUCCUCUUUUGAUAUAGUGAAAGAAGAACCUCAAUGCACUUUGGAGACUAGCAGAAUGGUUGGGGCAAACGAGGUUGUAGUUGCUCUUCCCAACUUUGUGGUAGUGGAAAAUCAUCACAGCUCUAAUAAUUUGUGUGCUGUGUCAGCUUCAAGUGUCUGGAAAACAGGCACUGUUUCUGGUGAGGCUUUCAUAAAAGACGAUUCUUUGUUGGCAAGGGAUGCUCCAGCUAUUAAAGUGGACUCCAAUGCUGUAGGUGAAGGGAACCAAGUUUGUAUGGGAACUGUGCAGAAAGAAGGACCUAGAAGAAGGGGGAGAAGGAGAAAGGUUGCAAGCAAUCCAAAUCCUAAUUUAGCAACAGUCUCCACUACUAGUAAUGGUAAGGAGGAUGAAGGGGUGAUUAUUGAUGAGAACCAGUCCAAUAUAAGUAGUGCAUAUAAAGUUUUGAGUACAAGCCGUAGUAAAAGAAGGAAACAUUCAGAUGAUCCUGUCCAAGAAACAGUGGUCUUAAGAAGGAGUGCACGAAAGGGAUCAGCUAAAAAUUGUUCUUUAACCACCGUAGCAUCGAAAGAAAUCCUUGAAUCAGCUUCCCCAGAAGUUAGUGCAUUAACUGAUAAGAAACCGAAGAAAUUGUAUCAUGAACUGGAAGAAGAGCUUGUAGUUCUUCCACCAAAAGUGCAACUACCACCUUCUUCACAAAACAUAGAUCUGGGAGGAAUUCACACACUCGAUGUCUUCUCAAUUUAUACAUGUUUAAGAUCAUUUAGUACUUUACUGUUCUUAAGUCCCUUCAAGCUGGAGGAUUUUGUGGACGCGCUGACAAGCAACUUGCCCAGUGUGUUGUUUGAUUGCAUUCAUGUUUCAGUUUUACAAAUUCUUAAACAGCAUUUGGAAUAUCUUUCAGAGGAGGGUUCUGAAUCUGCUUCCGACUGCCUUAGGAGCCUUGACUGGGAUCGUUUGGACUUGAUUACCUGGCCCUUGUUUAUGGUCGAGUACUUUCUAGUUCACAGUUCAGGAGCGAAGCCUGGACUAAAUCCCAGUCAGUUGAAGCUAUUAGAAUGCGACUACUAUCAACAACCAGUGUCGGUAAAGGUUGGCAUGCUCAGGUGUCUGUGUGACGAUAUGAUUGAGACAGAGGCCAUCCGGUCAGAACUGAACAGGAGGUCUUCGGGUGCCGAUCUUGAUCUCGAAUUAGACCGAAGUGAUAACCUUGGAGCUUCGAGGAAAAGGAAGGGCGUUGUUGAUGUUGUUAUUGAUUCUAGUUUGACCGAGGAGCCUGUUGAUGACACAAUGGACUGGAACAUUGACGAAUGUUGUCUCUGUAAGAUGGAUGGAAACUUAAUAUGCUGUGAUGGUUGCCCUGCAGCUUAUCAUUCAAAGUGCGUGGGAGUUGCUAAUGAUUCCUUGCCCGAUGGAGAUUGGUACUGUCCUGAGUGUGCAAUAGACAGCCAUAAACCAUCCAGGAAACAUCGAAAGGCACUUCGUGGAGCCGAACUGCUGGGAGUUGAUCCUCAUGGUCGACUAUAUUUUAUCAGCUGUGGUUACCUUUUGGUGUCAGAUUCAAGUGAUGCCGAUGACUUGUUUAGUUACUACCACAGAGAUGAUCUACAUGUUGUUAUUCAUGCGCUGAAAUCUUCAGAUAGGUCUUAUGGUAAUAUUGUGAAGGCAAUCCUUAAGAAUUUUGAUUUCCCUGUUGGUAGCUUCGGUAAUUUGAGCAAGUUCAUUCCUUCACAUGCUCUCGCAUCCUUUGAGAAAGGUGCAGUUCACGAUAAUGUUAUUGAAAGGAAAUCAGAAGGUACUGUGUCUUCUAGCCAGCUUGAUGCUUCGAAAUCUGUUAGCCCUACAUAUAUGAGUUCUGAAGGAUCUGCUGUAACUACUCAAAUUGGUUCGGUGAAUCAAAAUUUUCAGAAGGAAGGGCCUGAUUGUUCUACAAAAUCUGCAGAUAUGUCCAAUGAUCCUAUCAGUAUGGAUAAAACUCAGGAAAGCAAUACACAUUCUUCUGCUGUGAACAAUAUAAGACGGAGGAAAUACAUUAAUUACUACACUUUUGGACAAACUGCCUCUCGAGUUGCCGAAGACUUGAUGCCUAAGUCAUUAGAUAAAGCAGUGGACGGGCCAGCAAAGUCCGAUGAAGAAAUGAUUUCAGCCCAGAUGAAGAUUAUUCUGAAAACUGCCCCAAAGCUACGCUGGCCAAAUAUUCAGAGUACUAAUUCAAUGGCACGGAAGGAGAAAUGUGGGUGGUGCUUCUUGUGCAGGGCUCCAAUGGAUGAUUUGGAUUGUUUGUUUACUAUGAGCUUUGGCCCUGCCAAGGAAGUAUCAGCAGGGGAAAUUGAUCAGCUUCAAUCAAAAAGGAACAUAAAUGGUCAUCUUAUGGAUGUAAUAGGUCACAUCAUCUCCAUCGAAGAUCGGUUGCAGGGGCUUCUAUCGGGUCCAUGGCUGAAACCAGAUUAUAGCAGACUCUGGCAUGAAAACAUAGCCAAGGCAACAGAUAUUGCAUCUGUGAAAUGUCUACUCCUGAAGUUAGAGUCAAGCAUCCAUCAACGUGCAAUUUCAACUGUAUGGUUGAAACACGUAGAUUCUUCUGCUGUUGUUGGCUCAUCUUCUCAUAUUGUGAUUGCACAACGCACAUCUUCUAAAUCUGGGGUUAGCAGGAAGCGCAGCAGGUCUUCUGCAGAAUCGGAACCUGGUCCUUCAAAUAAAACUGGCGGAUUGAGUAUGUUUUGGUGGAGAGGUGGUACAAUGUCUCGUAAAUUAUUUAGUUGGAAAGUUUUACCUGUCUCCCUGGCAUCCAAAGCUGCUAGGCAAGGUGGUGGCAUUAGGAUACCUGGGAUAUUAUACCCUGAGAAUUCAGAUUUUGUAAAGAGAAGCAAAGCUGUUGCUUGGCGAGCUGCUGUUGAGUCAUCAUCAAAUGUGGAACUACUUGCUUUGCAGGUCAGAGAGCUUGAUUCCAACAUCAGGUGGGACGAAAUUGAGAAUUGGGAUUCAUUGUCUGCAGUAGAUAAGGAAUAUAAAAAGACAGUCAGGCUGUUCAAGAAGGUGAUUGUGCGGAGGAAAUGUGCUGCUGAGGGAGGAGGCUCAAAGUAUCUUCUUGAUUUUGGCAAAAGGAGAUGCAUCCCUGAAGUCGUUUCUAAAUAUGGGUCUAUUGUUGUUGAAGAAUCCUCCAACGAGAGGAAGAAAUAUUGGCUGAGAGAAGGCCAUGUCCCCUUGCAUUUGCUGAAAAUUUUUGAAGAGAAGAGAGUUGCUCGGAAAUCUAGUAAGAUGGUUUCUGGGAAACUCUCCGAGGAAAAUGCUACUCUGAAAUCACCCUCAGAGAAAAGAGGAUUCUCUUAUCUUUUCGCAAGAGCUGAACAAUCCAAGUGCAAUCAAUGUGGACACUGUAAAAAGGAUGUUCCGAGCAGUGAGGCUGUCUGCUGUCAAUAUUGCAAGGAUUUCUUCCAUAAAAGACAUGUUAGAAAGUCUGCUGGAUACAGUCAUGACAAGUGUACAUACACAUGCCACCAUUGCUUGAGUGGGAAGCUCUUGAAGAUUGGCAAAAAAGGAGGGAAGGGCCGCCCAAAAGGUAAGACAAUUGGCACUGGGAAUGCUAAGGUUCAGCAGUUGAAGUCCAAGGUAUCUAUAGCUCGCAGGUCACUCCGCCUCAGAAGGGGCAGAAAGGCCUUAAGGGGUCGGCAACCACUCAUAAAGAAUGACAAAAAGGCAACUCCUGGGAAGGGCUUAAGGCCAAGGGGGCGGCCACCUCUUGUAAAGAAUGAUCAAAAGGCUGCUCCUCCUGGAACGGACUUAAAAAGGCCAAGGGGGAGGCCACGGCUCAAUAGGAACGAUCAAAAGGCAGCUCCUCCUCGAAAGGGCUUAAGGGUUCGCCCCACUCUCAUAAAGGAUGAUGAUGAGAAGUCUCCCGUAGCAGUUGUUGCUUUGCGUCGCUCAGCUAGACAGGCAACCACUCCCAAAGCACCUGCCAACAAAAAGGUCGUUGGGGAUGAAAAUGGGAUGCAACUGAAUUUGGAAAAAGUGUCCCAGAAGAAAACAGAAGAGGCUCCUCUUUGGCAGAAGAAGAGAUCUGUUACUCGUCAUAAUUACUGGCUUAAUGGACUUUUACUGUCUGCUAAGCCAGAGGAUGAACGAGUCAAACAAUUUCAGAAGACUAGGUUUGUUACUGCUUCUCAGAGUGGCAUCCUUCAUCAUCAACCCAAAUGUUGUCUGUGCGAUGAAGAAAGAUAUAAAUCAGCAUCCAAUUAUAUUUCUUGCGAGUCUUGUGAAGUAUGGUUUCAUGGAGAUGCUUUUGGGCUUGAUCCUGAGAACAUCGACAAGGUCAUUGGAUUCCGUUGCCACUCGUGUCGGCAAAGGAACCCUCCUCCUUGCCCAUUCGCGGGAACCACGACUCGAAUCAGCGAAGAACCUCAAACUUCCGGAGAUGCAGAAAAUAACAGAGACUCCAAUAACUCAAAGGCAGCACAUCUAGAUGGCGGCACUCAUCUUCCUACCGAAGCAAGCACCGAGGAAGUACAUCUAGAUGGCAACACUCAUCAUCCUGCUGAAGCAAGUACUGACUUUAAUAAGGAUUCCUCGCUCGCUAUGGACGACGGAUGAAAGGGAAACCUUCAAUCUCUCUGUCUGAAUCUAACUUGGGAGGUAGAGAUAGAGGUCUGACUUCUGGAUUCGCUAACGCUCUAAUCAGAAGACCACCGUGAUGCAACAUUCAAAUAUCCGGCUGAGACCAUCUGGAACCGGAUGGGUUUACUAACAAAAGUACAAAACCCGAGGCCCUAGAGGCUCUGUACUAUUUGCCUCCUCAUUUCUUGAUAGGUCUUCUGGCAAUUGUCUCCCCCCUUCACCGGCACUACAUUUUGAUUGUAUUUUCAUUUUCAGAAGGGGGGGGGGGGGGGGGGGGGGGGAUGAAUUUGCACUGAAAGUGCUAGUAGGGAAAGGGACUAUGGUGGUCAUUGUGUCACCAUUUCAGAGAGACUAUUUUUGUAGAUAUCACCCAAAUCCAAGUAUAGUGGUCAAUUGAAAUCCAAGGCUGACAUGCUGGUUUUUUCAAUUUUGCCUGCAUUUACUUGUUACAUGAACUGUUCAUAACUCUGUCUGCAGUGUUAGGUUAAGGUAGUAGUUGGAAUGGUGAAUGGCAAUUGAAUGGAAGGUACAAAGUACAAACAUGUGCAAAAGGGCACAAUGCACAUGGAAAAAUGGGUCCAUUCAUGGUACAAUAUGGUUGCAAAAUGCACAUGGACAUAAGGGAACUGGGUAAGGUAGAGAUGGUUACAGAGGAAAAUUGUGCUGAUCUAACUUGUAGUUUGUCUGGAUGAACAAUGACAGUCGUGUUUACAGCAAUGCGAGUUGAAGCCAUUUCGCGAUGAAAUUAAUGGUCCAAGACAUC